AAUUCUGAAUCCUCGCACCUCUACUUUCCUUUCUUUCUUCUUGCCUGAGAAAACCCACAAAUAAUCCCCUUAAAAAUCCUGCUCGACCUCUUUUUUCCUUUCCUCCCUGAAAAAGCAUCCCUCCGUGAAAAAUCAAAUUUACGUCUUUUUGAUUUUUUCUGUGUGAAUUCUUAGCUAAUAUUGCUGUAUCGGUGGCCUUGAUAUGUAAUUGGUGCUUUGUAGGGUAAUGUCCAAGUUGCAAAUUUAUAUGCUGGUACCGACAGUGUAGAGCUCAAAGGCCUAAAAUAAUUGCUGAAUUGAAUUAUUUCUUAAGGCAUUGUAUCUACAAGUUGCAAGUGUAUAUUCUUGUCUCAAAGAAGCCGUUCCUAGUGUUUUUAGAAUCCACUGGCUACUCUCAAGAAGAUGUGCUCCUUCAGAAGCCCAAAGCUGGGGUAUAUAUAGCUUCAAAUCAUUCUUAAUCAGAUUGCUUAAAUCACCUCGAAUCAGGCUUUUUGAUCUAGAUUCGGAUGUGGGUUAAUAUCAGUUACUGAGUAGUAUAAUGCUUGCAACUCCUGUAGCCUACUUUCACAAUUAUAUGUGAUAAAGAUUCAAAAUGCUUCCUUUGACAAAGAUUCAAAAUACUUCCUUUUAUUGAUUCGUGGAACCCAUAGCAUCAAAGACACACUAAUAGCAGCUAGUGGUGCAGUGGUACAUUUCCUCUCUUUUAUUUUGCAUGAUGAUGGGAUAAGCAAUUUGGUUUUGGUUUUUGCAUAUUGUGGGAUGGUUGUUGCUGCUCGUUGGAUUGCUAAGCUCAACACUCCAUUCUUGCUUAAGGCUCUCAAUAACUAUCUUGACUACAAAGUUAAGGUUGUACUUUAUAAUGGCACCAAAGAGGAACUUGCGACGUCAACCGAAGAAGGGAGUUAAGAAGGUGGAAAGUAAGAGACGCGGUGAUAGCACAGCAGCAGCACCCGACUCUAAGCGUAUACGUACUACUAGGAAGAAAUCCAAAUCUGAGACGGAAAGCACCAAACUUCGAGGGCACGUUCCACUUUCCUCUCCCCCAUCUGAUACGCCCAUCGAUGCUCCAAAGGAACGGAUGCUGCAGGAUGCCGAUAUAAAUAAAGGUAGGGCACAUUCAUUCGGGAAUCCAAUAGGGGCGAACAAAGUAAUUACAAGUGUCCUCACAAGUGAGCAGCUCGAAAAGUAUAGACAAACAUGUUUUGGACACUUACUUGACAUGAAGAACCUCCGGUUCUCUGGUCAGUUAGUGCAUCACUUGCUUUGCAGACAAGUUGAGUCCAACAAUCCAGAAGUACUGGAGUUUAACUUCGGCGGAUCUGCAGUGCGGUUUACGAAGUGGGAAUUUGCACUCAUUAGUGGGUUAAAGUUUUGUAGGUACCCUUCGAUGUAUGAUUUGCAAAUUUCCAAAGGAAAUGAGCUGCGCACGAGGUUGCUAGAUGACAGGAGUGACUUGAAACUGCCCGAACUGGAACGACUAUUCAAGGAUACACUUUUUGUGGAUGAUUGGGAUGCUGUUAGAAUUGCGUUACUAUAUUUCUUAGUUCAUGGUGUACUCGGAAUGGAUCCGAAGGUUCAAAUAAAAAAAAAAUUCAUUGAUUUGGUUGCUGAUCUCGACGUAUUUAAUUCCUACCCUUGGGGCAUUCUGAGCUACAAGGAGACGAUCAACUCAUUCCACAAUGCAUUCCAGCUACGAGGACGAGGACGUGCAGUAAAGAAUAUAUCACAAUAUUAUGACCUAAAAGGUUUUCCAUUGGUGUUUCAGGUGUGGGGGUUUGAAGCAAUCCCUGAUUUUGGUAACCAAUUUGCCGACCGGUUGGAAACCCGUUGUCCGAGGAUCCUUGGAUGGCAUACUCCAAGGCAACCGAACCAUUUUGCUGUCCAUAAUUGGUUCUCCUCCAAUAGCAAUUAUGUUGUGCACUGGACGUUAGAUGCUACCGAUGAGGAGAAGACUAUGGAUUACUGGCGAACAAUAGCAGUUGACAUACAUGAAGUUCGCUACACGUCACCUCCAAUUGUAGCACCAAUAGUUGGCGCUAAAGAUGUUAGAGCUAAAGAUGCGUCCAAAGCUGGGGAGCAUUCUAGUGGCCCUCCAGAUUCUAAUUUCAGGCUUGCUUGCUUGGAGGCAAAAGUUGAUGAAUUAAAUAAAGAGAUGGCAGCGUUAAGGAAGAUGCUUAGUUCUGUUAUUGACCAACAAAAGCAUCAGGCCGAGCAUCAUAUGCAUAGCCAUUCACCGUCAUCUUAUAUGACGGUGGGAAAGGAAUUUUUUGCUGAGCUACUGACCGAUGAAGGAUGGUUGAAUUCCGAUCAUAUUGACACUAUUUUGUAUUUCAUACGAAAAAGACGGUUUGAUAAUGAGAAGAUGUUCACCAACACCUGUGCCAUAUUAGGCGUGUUAUUUUGGUCAUCCAUCAAAGGGCGUUAUCCCAUAUGGAGCGCAUCUCGUAGCACAUAUUCAUGUGAUGCGACCCUUUGUAACUAUGUGCAUGGGAGGUCACCCAAACCUAGCGUGUCGUGGCGGAUAUGUGAUUAUGUGUACAUCCCUGUCAACAAUGGAGGCGCGCAUUGGUUGGCAGCAUGUGUGGACUUGAAGGCCCGGCAUAUUGAUUUAUACGAUCCAAAUAUGGGAAAUAAAUAUGUCCAGAAUAGAGAGUUGAAGAAUGCGGAAUGCCUUACGUAUAUGCUGCCUUACCUAUUGAGGGAUGGGGGAUAUUACGGGAAGAAUCCGGACGUGUCUCCCACUUUAGAUCCAUUCACGAUGACCAUGAUCAAAGAUGCACCCCGCCAAGAUAAUGGGGGUGAUUGUGGCGUCUACGCUCUGAAAUUUAUUGAGUACAUGAGUAGUGAGGAGAACCCUUCAUUUGGUCUGCAAGACAUUAUGUUUUUUAGAAAAAAAAUAUGCUGUUGAUUUGUACUUUAAUAAACUUUCAAUGUAGAUCGUAUGUUUAA